AUGGACCGACCUGGGGUUCUCCUGGAAGAUAAGGCUCUGGCAGAAUUCGUUGGUGUCGAUGAAGUGGACUCUGACAGUAGUAGUGAUACGAAGGUCGAGGGGGAGGAGCAAUUCAAACCCAGCACACCUGUGCGUGGGGACAUUCCCCAUCCGGCACCUAAUCCGUUCCCCGAACGUAGUGCCGCGACUACUCUAACGGCGCUGGGAGCAAUGUCCCCCAUGGAUACAUCCGUUAUCACUAACUCGCUUGACGAGGAGCAACAACGCAUGCUUAAUCAAGCGGCAAGCGCACGGUGCAAGUCAGAAGUUCAGACAACGUUGCAACGACACAGUGAAUAUACGUUCACUGAACCUGGCGUGGAAGAACUCUUUUGUCAAGCGUCACGCCAUACGUUGGUGACAUGGGCCACCGGCCCCGAGGCAAAAACGCCCACUGAACUCGAAUGCCGCAAGGCUCUUCGAGAGAGGUACUUGGAACCUACUGUGAUUACCUUGAGUUAA